CUAGGGGGAAACCCGGAAGAGGAUUAUGGAGCGACGGUUAUAUAGAGCAGCAUUAUGGCGAUCGUCUUGUGAAGCAAUGUAGACAAAGCGGUCAAAAUACACCCAUGUUGUUGAACUACAGGGGAGCAAAGUGGUCUCACAAGUGACGGACCGACCAUUUCGCAAUCACUCGCACCCCUUCGUGUUAUUGUCCAAUAUUUUGCGUUGUUGCAUUGAUACGUAAAUACUUCAUUUUUGUCGUCUGCGAGAGACAUGGGAAAUGGAAUGAACAAGGUUGUUGAUGGGCUCUACCUGGGAAAUAUCAGAGACUCGGAGAACAGAGAAAGUUUGUCCCAGAACAACAUCACCCACAUCCUGUCUGUGUAUAACAAUGCUAAACCCGUGCUGGAGGACAUGACCUACCUGUGUAUCCACGCAGCUGAUGUGUCUAGCCAGAACCUGUCACAGCAUUUCAAAGAGAGCAUCAGGUUCAUCCACGAAUGUCGUCUAAAUGGAGGGGCCUGUCUGGUGCACUGCCUGGCCGGUGUGUCCCGUAGUACUACCAUGGUGGUGGCCUACCUGAUGACCGUCACCACCUACAGCUGGGAGGAGUGUCUGUCGGCUGUUAAGGCCGUGCGUUCCUUCGUAGGCCCGAACUAUGGCUUCCAACAGCAACUACAGGAGUACCAGAUGAACCAAGUCACAGAGAUGUCAGUAAACCCGGGCGGUCGGAGGCUGAAACAGUGGCUAGUUGAGCAGAUCCAGAGCGGCCAGUACCCGGGGCUGCUCUGGGAGGACGACAGUCGCACUAUGUUCCGCAUCCCCUGGAAACAUGCUGGGAAGCAGGAUUACAACCAGGAGGUCGACGCCUCUAUCUUCAAGGCCUGGGCGGUGUUUAAGGGGAAGUUUAAGGAGGGGGAGAAGGCUGAGCCUGCUACAUGGAAGACCAGGCUGCGGUGUGCCCUCAAUAAGAGCCCCGACUUCGAGGAGGUGGGAGACAGGUCCCAGCUGGACAUCUCUGAGCCCUACAAGGUGUAUCGCAUUGUCCCUGAGGAGGAGCAGAAGAGUAAAAGUGCAGCAGCAGCUUUGACAUCUAGCCCUGGUGACAUUACUGACAUGGACUGCAGCUCUGCACACCUGGAGGAGCUCAUCAAAGAGGUGAAGCAGUCUUCCAGUGAUGAGUACCUUGGCAUCGUCAAGAGGAGCCACUCUCCCCAGGAGGAUGGCUGUAGGAUGCAGCCCAGCCCAGAGUACUGGUCCCAGGGCAGCGCCAGUGUCUUUCCGGGGCAUCAAGAUCCCUCGCCGAUUGGUUCUUUCAAUGCCGCCUUCUCCCAGAUGAUCAUUAACUUCUUCUAUGGUGGGAAGCUGAUGGACAGCGUGGUGACAUCUCAUGCUGAUGGCUGUCGUAUCUCUCCGGGUCAGCCUCCCUUGGUCCAGCACAGGUCCCCCUACUGUCUCCCAGACAGCCUGCAGAAUGUCCGUUUCCCUCCUGCUGAACUCAUCGAGGUUGAGCGCCAACGCCAUGUCACUCGCAAGCUCCUGGGCCACCUGGAGAGGGGUGUGCUGGUCCGUGCCAACCGCGAGGGCAUCUUCAUCAAGAGGCUGUGCCAGAGUCGUGUGUUCUGGAGCGGGCAGGGGGAAUUGGGCCCCCACUACAGCCCUGGGGGGCCAUGCAAACUGGAGAGAGACGCUGUGGUCAAGAUUUUUGACACAGGAAGGUUCUUCGAAGCUCUCCAGCUGUACCAGGAGGGCCAGCUUCCCGCCCCUGACCCCAUGGUGACCCUGUGUUUCGGGGAGGAGCUUCAUGACCUCAGCACAGCCAAGAGCAAACUUAUCAUCAUCCAGAUCACUCCAGUCUACUGCAGGAAGCUGGCAGACUGAGCUUACAGUUGCCCCUCUCCUUCUCUCCCUCUCCCCUCCUCUUCUUCUUUCUCUGUCUGUGCUCGGCCACAGGUCACUCCAGUGAACUGCCAGCAGCUGUUGGAUGCAGUGAGCAUGCGUCGUUCCCAGUACAGCAGUCCUAACCUGGAGAUCCAGUCAGACGAGCUGCAGGCCGGGGAGCAGAUGGCCCGGAUCUACCAGGACCUGUGUAGCUACACCGCCCCCCAGAGGGCAGCCUGCUACAGGGACAACAUGCCCAUCACCGCCUGAACAGAGCACCUUCCUUCACUCAUUGAUAUAACAAGAAAGGACUGACAUGACAUAUGGUGAAAUAUGUCAAUAACUUACACUUCAGCCUCUCACACCUUUUAGCCCUUGCUUACAGCAAUGCUUUUCAAUUCUUCAGAGCCAAUGAGCAAGGGCAUACUUUGGUGAAUGGAGAAAGAGAUGGGAUAGGGGAUCGGAACAAAGCCAACACUUGCAAGGUGUGAACUGAUAGGACCCAACGCUAUGCAGCUUGGGUGUUACAGAGACACUGUGUGUCAAGAAAGGGAAGUACUAUACAACCGUAUUACAAAUGGUGCUGUAAAGGUAUUAAAGGGUUUACUCAUCAAAUAUACCACCCCAGGAAGUAUACCACAUAUAACAAUCCAGAAAUAAAACACAGUACAAAUGUAAUUAAUACAAUUCUGAAUAAAUAGGGCUUUUAACUAUUCUGCCUUGUAAACCUACUAUCAUCAAGGUUAUCACUAUUCAUUUUUAAACAACGUGGUGAGUUUACUACAGCAGUAAAUUUGAUUGAAUAAACCCUGAAGUGUCGAAUGUUAUAUUAGAAUUUGUGUCUAUCAAUUGACUAGUUUUUGUUUGUCAGAUUUCUCACCUGCUUUUAAUGUCUUUUUUAUGAUGGAAAAUGUGAUUGAUAUUCAAUCCAAUAGUCCAUACUAGUCAUCAUGUCAAAGCUACCAGUACACCACAUUACUUCUUUUCUUUAUAGGUAUAACCUCCUUAAAACUUGUAUAUUUUUUCCAUUUGUACUGUAGAAUGUUUUUUGUUAUACUGUAUGAGAGAUUUUAACAGCAACAUGAUUGCUUGGAUUGUAUUUGAUAUAGAUAGGUUUUACUAUCCUAUUCUGCCCACUGUUUUACUCUCUCUGAAUUCAUUUUUCAAACUUUGAAAUUAAUAUCAAACUUUUCAGUGAAUCUGUUCAUUUGGCUUGUAUUUUAUUUAUGAGCUGUUAUACAACAAUAUCUAUGAAGUCACUUACUGAACAUAUCUUUGAUUGAGUCUUUGAUGAUGGCUUGAAAACCACAGCUAAAACACAAUAAACCAGAAUAAAUUGUAAAAUUACAUAA